CCUCUCCUCCUCUCCUGAAAUAUCCAUCCACUCACCCACCAUGUGCCACACCAGCUGCUCCACUGGCUGCCAGCCCACCUGCUCCAUGCCCAUGUGCUGCAAGCCCGUCUGCUGUGUCCGUCCUUGCUGCCGCCCAGCCUCCUGUGUGGCCCUGCUGUGCCGCCCAGCUUGCCCUGUGGUGACUAGCUGUCAGGCAGUCUGUGGAGCUGGCAGCUGCUCCCCCUCCUGCUGUGUGUCCAGCCCCUGCCAGUCCAGCUGCUGCCAGGCCAGUCCCUGCAGCCCCUCUUGCUGUGUGUCCAGCCCCUGUCAAUCCAGCUGCUGUGUAUCCAGCCCCUGCCAGUCUGCCUGCUGCGUGCCUGUCUGCUGCAAACCUGCUGUGUGCAUACCUGUCUGCUGCAAACCGGUGACCUGUGGGCUCCCCUCCUGCCAGGUCUCCUGCUGCCAACCAGUUUCCUAUACAACCUUGGUCUGCAGACCCACCUGUGCCCCCUCCUGCUGCUGCUGAACAGGAAUGAAUGCUCUAAGCCAUCCACACAGAGUCCAGAUGAGACUGGAACCCCUGACCUGGGUCUUUGUAGCCACAGCUCUGCAGAUCCCUUAGAACUCUGUAAGCUUUCCCUGGAGACACAAAGCAGGGCUAUUGAUCCAGUCAACAGGAGCUUCCAUUUCCCCCAUCCCCUCUGUGACCCACAAAAUAAAGAUCCUCAAGGCA